GCAAAUGUCAUAUACUUCUCGUGGUAGCAGCAGAGGCUCUAGUCGUCAGGAAAGUCCCCAUCGUUCUGCCCAGUCUUCCUCUCGUAGCAACCAUCCGCAAAAUGCACAUAGUAGGGAUGCGGGUGGUGGUACCAGAUGGACUGCUGCUGCUGCUGCUGCUGAACGAUCACAUAAUGAUCCAAACGGUACAUCCAGUCGCUGGAGACAGGACCAGGAGGACUGGGACAGUAGUGAAUGGCUUCAAGAAAAGACAAAAGAGGUUCAGGGUGAAUCCCUCAGUUCCACUCGUCGUGCUCUACAGCGACUCAAUGAAACUCAAACCACUGCUGAGAAGAAUAUGGGAAUGAUGAAUCAACAGUCAGAACAAUUGCACAAGAUUGAGCUUCGGAUUGAUGUGGCAGAAAACCAAGCCAAGGUCAACGAUGCCAAGGUGGAUCAUCUCAAGGCCGUCAACCGCUUCUUUUUAAUUCCUUCCUUUGGCAAGGGUAAGGCCAAGCGACGUGAGAAGAAACUCAAGGAUGCUAUAGACGAAGGCAAGACCACCACCAAGUCUAGUAAAGAGCGAGAGGCACAGUGGGAAGAGCACAAUAAUCGGAAAGCCGAGUUUCAGAGUAAAUAUGAUGCUAGACCUAACGGUCCUGCAGGUGCUGCAUCUGGAAACAACUCGAGAUAUGAACGUAUAUAUACUACACCCCAGGGAGUGGAUCGUGAUGAUGUGGAAGUCGAAUUGGAUUCAAACUUGAAUGAUAUAUCUAGUGGUUUAUCCCGUCUUAAAAUGAUGGGAAUGGCCAUGAACUCUGAACUGGACUCGCAGUCCCAGCAGAUGAAUCGCAUUCAUGAUCGUACCGAUGCCAGUCGCGACUACAUGGGCCGUCUUAACAACAAGAUGGACCAUUUUGCUCCUAGAAACAGGAAAUAGUUAGAUGUUUAAACUAUCAUUGGCAAGAGUAGCCGGUGUUUUGAAAUGGUUGUUUUUAUACCAUGUUUUUGUUACCUUUUUUUGUUUUUUGGGAUAGUUUUGAUGCACAUUUGAUCCAUUUAUUCUCUCCUAGCCUGUUUAAACUUUAUCUUUUAAUUAAAAACUCUUUAUGUUUCAAC